AUGACAUCGAAAGCUCCAAUUAAAUUGUCAGAAUAUCCACUUCGCCCAAAUUUUGGUUCCUCAGGACGUCUUAUACAAAUUAGGGCCAAUUUCUUUGAAGUUAUAAGCUUUCCUGAUUUUAAUGUUUACCAGUAUGAUGUCAACAUUAGUCCUGAAGUUCCACCAGGUUUAAAUCGUAGAGUUUUUAAGCAUUUGGAAAGUCUAGGGACUCUUGGUGGUGUUAAGCCAGUUUAUGAUGGCCGUAAUAAUGCUUUUACAAUCAAAGACCUUCCAUUCGGAGAUGCAUUAACUAUAGGAAUUACUCUUCCUGAUGAUAAUCAAGUUCAAACUUCCAGACGACCCCCCAGAAAUUUUACAAUAAAGAUGAGAAAAGUUGCAGAAAAAAACCUCGAAGAAGCAAUUCGUUUUGUAAAUGGAAAAUCUGCACUGUCAAAUAACGUUUUAACAGCUAUUACUGCAUUGGAUGUCUUGAUUAAUCAAGUACCAUCAAACCAGUUUAAGGCUAUUGGACGUAGAGCAUUUUAUUCACCGGAAAACUCUCAACCUUUAGAUGGAGGUGCUGAAGUUUGGUCAGGAUACUGGCAAUCCUUACGACCUGGUCAAGGUCGAUUUUAUAUUAAUUUUGACACAAGUGCAACAGCAUUUUAUGAAGCUGGCAAUCUUGCUGAAAUUAUAGCAAAAAUAUUGGGAGCUCGUAGAGUAGAAGAUUUACGACGUGGUAUCAACGAGAGAGAUCGUAAUAAAUUAGAAAGAACAUUAAAAUCGUUAAAAUUUCAUGUUACGCAUAGAGGUCAAAACUUUAAACGUAGAUAUAAAAUUAAAAAACUAUCUGAUAGACCAGCACAAUACAUAACUUUUGAAAGAGAAAAUCAAGACCAAAUUAAUGUUGUCGAAUAUUUUCAUGCAAAAUAUAACCUUAGAUUACAAUAUCCAUUUUUACCAUGUGUAACCACUCAAAAUGGCUCCUAUUUUCCGCCAGAAGUCUGUUAUGUUGAACCUGGACAAAGAAUCACAAGGAAGCUCACUAGUAAACAAACAGCUGAUAUGAUCAAGUUUACCUGUCAACCUCCAAGUUCUCGCCAAGAAAAAAUACAAAGAGGAUUUGAGUCAUUAAACUAUGAUCAAAAUGAUUAUUGCAAACAAUGGGGAUUAAGAACAUCUAAACAAAUGGCUAUGAUAGAGGCCCGUGUACUACCUUCCCCUAAAGUGGCAUAUCAUCCAUCUAGUCGUGAAGCAAGUUUUACUCCUCAACUCGGAAAAUGGCAACUUGGUCCUGGGAAAAAGAUGUUACAGGGAGCAACUUUGGAAUCAUGGUCUGUAGUGGUAUUUUCCAACCCCCAACAUGUCAAGAUAGAAGUUGUACAGAAUUUUAUUCGUGAAUUGACAAAAACAUUAUCAGAAAAUGAUCCACCAAUAUUUCAUGAAAAUAGUCAAAGAAGUACUGAAGAAGCUAUCAGGAGAGCAUAUCAAGCUGCUGGGAAGGCAACAAAUAUAAAACCACAAUUAAUUAUUUGUGUUUUACAAACACGUUCAAAUUUGUACGACGAAAUAAAGAGGGUCGAAGGUACAAUAUUAGGUGUUCCAACACAGGUAGAUAAAUAUAUAUCUGUGACGUAUACGCAUUAA